AUGGUUAAUACAGUAUCUGAUUCAUUGGACAUGUCUACUGCCUCUAUGCAGAGCACUAGAGAGGACAGCACAUCGCCUCUUGACAAUUCCAUAAUGGAAUCACCACCGACACCACCAAAAGAAUCGCAAUAUAUGAAUAAACCUCAAGAUUACCAACCUUUGCACACACUCCCUGUCAUUCCAGCUGGACAGCAUCAGCAUCAGCAUCAUGAGGAUGGAGAAGAGGAGGACAUCAUCAUCAAAGAGCCAUCUUCAUUGGCAUUUCUCAAGGGCCAUGUUCGUUAUUUCCUGAAAUCCGCCUUACAAUUUGUAUUCAAAGAUAAUAAUCUGCCAUUACUUAUCAACCUUAUAUAUCAUCUCAUUGCAGCAAGAGCACUACUGAAUAAGCCAUGGAGAACAGUGACCCGAUACCUCGGCAUUCCACCUACACCAAAGCCAAACUCUGCAUUAAAACAUCAAAUUGAACAAACAACAUCCAUUGCUAUCGAUUUAUUCAGAACGCAAGGUGUGUUUCAUUUGGCUAUGGGGGCAUUAGCUGCAUUAGCGUUAAAGGAGAGAAGACAAUCUUCUGAAAGAUCAGCAUUAUUUGUAUUGACAUUGUCUUCUGUGGGUCAGACAUGGUCUCAUUUCAACGCUUAUUGGAAAUCUAGUCAUCAACAAUAUAAUCUCAAGGCAUUGCAGGAAGUAGGUGGUUCGGAUUUAUUGGUGACGUUGAUCAGCUCUAUUGCAUUAUCAAAGACGGCCAGAAGAACAGGAAGAUUGAUCUAG